AAUGGUUUGAAGCCGGGGCUCUCUUUCCCUCGCAGAGCGUCUGUAUUUUCCCCAGCUAAGACGAUCGGAGAAACUCCUCCUGCGGGCUUGCAUCAUGGAGGCUAGCAGUCAACAGACUCUGUGGAAAGAUGUUGAGGUGGGGAAAGAGAAGAAGGCCAGGUACCACGCAUACCAGCGGGUGGCUCUGGUUCUGGCUCUGGUCUUCCUCGUUCUGGCUCUCUGUGUUUUCAGCCUGAGGUACCUGUGGAGCCCCAGUCUGGGGAAGGUGUAUGACCAUCAGUACAAAGCUGUGUUGGAUGGUGUAGAGACAGACAGCUUGAUGGAGAUUGACCCAGAUCAACGCAUUGAGAUCUUCAGAAUGGGAAACGGAAGCGAGGAGGUUCUUGAGGUGCACGACUUCAAAAAUGGGAUCACUGGGAUCCGGUUUGCCGAACAUCAGAGGUGCUACAUCAGGACCCAAACUAGGAAACUACCCACGGUGGCAGAGGUGGAGGCUGAGGACACGGAGUUACUGCAGGGGGAUAAGACCGACACCGUGGAUAUGAAGGUGGAUGACUCCCAAGUGUGGGUUCCUGCUGAGGAGCCCAUCGUUAACUCAGCCUUCCUCUUUGACUCCAAGAUCUGGGAGAUUUGCCAGGAGCUGCCCAUCCACUGGAUCCAUCCCUCUUCUCUGAGCGAUGCCGAGGUGGAGAACGUGGACGCGCCGGACGCCGAGGUCACAGGUCAGCGCUUCGCCCGCGACGUCCAGGACCACGUUCCCGUCAGUGACUAUAGAGACGUUGGAAUCGAGCUGGAUAACCGUCUGGAUGAGCGCGGCUACUGCUGCCAGCACUGUCGCCGUGGUUACCGCUUCUGCCGCCGCUACCACGAGCCCCUGGGUGGCUUCAACCCAUGGCCAUACUACUACCAAGGAGGCCGGGUCAUCUGUCAGAUUGUCAUGCCGUGCAACUGGUGGAUCGCCCGUAUGCUGGGGAGGAUCUGAAGAGGCCGCGUGCUGUCUGGGAUUUAAACUGUUUAUGUCAUUGCAGGUGCAAAUCCUCCCUUUGAUAAAUGUUCCAGACCACUUGUGAGACCAAAGUAGUCCAUUGCACACAAUUAUUAACCAAUCUGAGAGUUGGCCCAUUGAGAUUUAGUCAGUCUCAACAGUCUAAAUGGCAUUUGAGGAGUUUUGAUUCUUUCUUAAAAGGCCUUUGGCCGUUUACAGCUGUCUCAUUUUCUUUGCUUAUCUACCCAUUUAGUCUACUUGCUGUUUGAUCCUGUUGAAUGGGUGCAAUUUAGUUUGGAUGGUGUCACCAGAAACUAAUCUGCUCCAAAAAACACUUCAGCUUUGUGUCCUCAUGUUGUCAUGCAUUCAUUUUGGGUUAAAACGACUUGUUCAGCUAAUACUGUAAUGUAUGGAAAUGUUAUACCAAUAUAUAUAACAAUCUGAGUGGUGCUAUUACAUUAGCCAGUUAUAUCUAUAUAUAUAUAGAUAUAGAUAUAGAUGUUUUGUCUCUUACGUGUAUUAGUAGCAGAUGUAAACCUCAUAUAAGCUCUGUCACAGUCACACAUAAACAAACUUGCUUGAGUCAUACAGCACUUCUUAGACUCACUCACAUUCAAAAAUCAUGUUAGAAAUUAUGUAAAACUGCAAUAAAACAUAAGACGACAUUAUAUGCAAUAUAUUCAAAUGAAGACAAAAUAAGCAAAGAUAAUAACGUCAAUAAUACUAACUGCUAACAUUUGCUAAAGACCAGUGUUUUUGGUAUCAUGUUGAACUAAGGAGGCAUAAUUAAAGAUGCACAGAUCUCAGCUGUCUUUUGUGGUGUAGUUACUGUUACUGUUAUCCUCCAUUGUUUUCCCUGUUGUUGCCAGCCACAGAAUGCUUUAAAUAGUGCGACUGUUCAAACAGUUUCUUCUUUGCUGAGGCAAUUUUAAUCUGCGACGCCGCAUCUCAAUCUGUCGGGCUGAAAUAACUCUCAUCUGCAACUAACAGAUAAGCAAGCGAGAUAGACAUUUGUAAUUUGAUGUUCUGUCAUCUGAAUAACAAGGUGCAUAAAUGCCCAAGAGUAUUCAAGCUAUGUGAGAUAUUCAAAAGUUAAACAGAGAGACGAAAAUGGAGCGCUCUUGUUGUCAUUGUUUGCUUUGAAGCCUUCUGCGUGCUUCCUUCUCUUUCCUUAUUUUUUCCAAUUAAAAUUUCAUUGUAUGAAAAAUCUCAGUUGUCCUAUCAUAUGAAACGAUGCGACUUCCUUGAAAGAAACUUAGCACCCCGGGGUGUUUGUGUGAACGUCGAUGUGGUGUGGGUUUGAAUCUGACUCACGCAAUCCAUAGGAUAGACAGGCCAACGUCUCUAUUCUCCAUUAGUCCCACUGCUCAUUAGCAAAAACAUUUAGCGUCAAGUUAAAAGCAUCUCUACAAGAAAAACAUGUAUGCUUUUAUUGUUUCCAUUUUAUAACCUGAGGCUCUCUUGUGUAUCUGAUGCAUAAUAAUGCAUUGUUUUGCCUGCUUAGUAAAUCUUGAUGUUGACUCAUGUUGGCUCAGUGUGGUAAUAAUGUCAGUGAUAUCAAUAAUGUUUGGCAGUGAAAUGGAUUU